GCAUUAAAUGUAAAGGCCAGGGAAAGGAAUUCAGAAUACACGUAGACAAUAACACCUAGCGACAAGGGCAAUAGGGUCAUUAGAACAUUGAAAGAGGUCCACCAUUGUCUCUCUGUGUGGCAGCAACAAACAUUCGGUUAUGCAAAUCGCCAAAGACCAAUUUCAUUCAUAAUUCUACAUCCUUUCAGGCGACCAAGCAAAGACAGUUCUCUAUCUCCGAUCAAGGUAAAUUGUGGACAGGAUGAGUCAGGUGUUUGAAGGAUAUGAACGACAAUACUGUGAGCUUUCAGCUGACUUAACAAAGAAGUGCACCUCAGCUAGUAUCCUUGAUGGAGAACAGAAGAAACAAAAAGUGUCUGAAAUAAAAGCUGGUCUGGAUGAUGCCGAGGCAUUGAUCCGGAAAAUGGACCUAGAGGCUCGUAGCUUACAACCUAAUGUAAAGGCCGCGCUUCUUGCCAAGUUAAGAGAAUACAAAAGUGAUCUUAACAAUUUGAAGAUUGAAGUGAAAAGAAUCACAUCGGCGAAUGCCAACCUAGCUGCAAGGGAUGAGUUGUUGGAAUCUGGAAUGUCAGAUGCAAUGAUGGCCUCCGGUGAUCAAAGACAAAGGUUGAUGAUGUCAACAGAGAGACUAAACCAGUCAAGUGACAGGAUCAGGCAAGGUCGAAAAGUGAUGCUCGAAACAGAGGAGCUUGGGGUCUCAAUUCUUCAAGAUUUGCACCAACAACGUCAGUCUCUCCUGCAUGCACAUGACACGCUUCAUGGGGUUGAUGACAAUAUUAGUAGGAGCAAGAAGAUACUGACGACAAUGUCACGGAGGAUGAGCAGGAAUAAAUGGAUCAUUGGUUCCAUCAUUGCUGUCUUGGUCCUUGCAAUCCUCUUAAUUCUUUAUUUCAAGCUGGUCCAUUGAAUAACCGCUUUCAGUACAGAAAAACAUGUAUUUUUUGAAUGCGUUGGUUCUGGAUUCGCCUUCUGGUUAUGAGCUAAGUUUGGGUUUUUCGCUUGUUAUGUUCCGCAAAACCUUCACAUGCUUCUCAUCCCAAGUAAUUUAGUGCUGUCAGUUAAUAUGUCUGAAUCUUGUGAUCCCUGUCUGGUUACGAGUAUAUACUUAAAUCUAUGCAGCUAAGUAAUUUCUUUGCUUUA